CACUGGAGCCGGGGCGCUGUGCUGGAGGCGGUGUGUGGAGCUCUUUAUUGUUCCAGUAGAAAGCUCAAUGCACGGUUUCCCACAUUUGUCUCAAUGGCUACCACACAGAAACCACGUCCCACCUGAGAGGGAGCGGUUCGGCUGCGAGGAGAGGACUCACUGACCCAAACUUAGAGCUCGGUGCGGGAUUUACCGUCCGCCUCGGAAAUAAACGCUCCUACAGACGGACAAUCUGUGGAUCCUGAAGAAAGAGAGGGACCUGAACAGAGGUGCCUGCAGCUCGAGAGCCCCUCACUGUAGCGUCCGUCACCAUGGUCGAACCAGCGGACAGGCCGUCUACAGCCGGACAGAGGCUGGGCGCCCCUGAAAGUUUCGGGGUGUCCACCUUGGAGCCAGGCCUGCGUCCUCCUGUCCAGGCUCCGGGACGACAAGUCUCCAUCAGGGUUCAGAUGCUCGAUGACACACAGGAAGUCUUCCAGAUAUCGCAACGUUCCCCCGGCAAAGUGCUGUUUGACCUGGUUUGUGCCCAUCUCAAUCUGGUAGAGGGAGACUACUUUGGAUUGGAGUACCAGGACCAGCGCAAGAUGACGGUGUGGCUCGACCUGCUGAAGCCGACACUGAAACAGAUCAGACGGCCUAAAAACACCAUCCUUCGCUUCGUGGUGAAGUUCUUCCCUCCUGACCACACACAGCUCUUGGAGGAGCUGACUCGGUAUCUGUUUGCCCUGCAGAUAAAACGCGAUCUGGCCUGCGGUCGUCUCAUCUGUAACGACACCAGCGCUGCUCUCAUGGUCUCCCACAUCAUCCAGUCCGAGAUAGGAGAUUUCGAUGAGACCCAGAGCUGGCAGCAUCUCCUCCACAAUAAGUACCUGCCCGACCAGGACGCCAUCAGAGACAAGAUCACUGAAUGCCACCGCAAGCAUGUCGGACAGACUCCUGCAGAGUCAGACUACCAGCUCCUGGAAAUUGCCCGGCGGUUGGAGAUGUAUGGCGUUCGUCUGCACCCAGCCAAGGACCGAGAGGGGACUAAGCUCAGUCUGGCUGUGGCGCACGUGGGGGUGCUGGUUUUCCAGGGCUACACGAAAAUUAACUCCUUCAACUGGUCCAAGGUUCGCAAGCUCAGCUUCAAACGCAAAAGGUUCCUAAUCAAGCUGAGAGCAGACCCCGCUCAGAAUGCCCACCACGACACGCUGGAGUUUGCCAUGGCCAGCAGGGAUUGCUGUAAGGUCUUCUGGAAGAUCUGUGUAGAGUAUCACGCCUUCUUCAGGCUCUUCGAGGAGCCCAAGCCCAAACCCAAGCCCAUCCUCUUCACCAGAGGAUCCUCGUUCCGGUUCAGCGGUCGAACCCAGAAGCAGAUCAUCGAUUAUGUGAAAGACUCAGAGCUCAAGAAACUCCCAUUUGAAAGGAAGCACAGUAAGGUUCUGUCCAACAGCAGCAUGUCCCCUCAGUCAUCAUCCUUCAGAUCGCAAGUGCCAAAAGAGAGUGCCAUGUCUGUCCAGUUGGCAGACCAGCCUGACUCAACCAGACUGAGCCAUCGAGCUGAAUGCAACGGUGCGGAGGAGCCUCCAGCGGCCUCAUCAACCACCAAUGGCUUCCACGAUAUCCUGGCAGCACCCGGCUCAGACCCAGUUCAGCCCCGACAGAACCACCAUGGCACUGGAUCAGCGCCGGACUCACAGUUCCUCCAACCAGACAGUCCCGGUUCAGAGGACUCCCCGAUGGGAAGUCCCCAUGUGGUCGUUAACGGCAACGGCUCUGUAAAUGGACAGGGGAUGGGCGGUAUCGGUGUCUUGGGUCAAAGUCCUGAGGGACGGCAGCUAUCGCCUCUUACCAGCCCGCUGCUCACUGACGCUGGAUGUGUCCGCAACGAUGAUGAAGACGAGGCGAGGAGGAAGAAGUUCCCCACAGACAAGGCCUACUUCAUCGCCAAGGAGCUGUUGACCACAGAGCGGACCUACCUCAAAGACCUGCAGGUCAUCACAGAGUCCUUCCAGAGCGCUGCGGGGAAAGACGAGGCCUUCCCAGACUCCGUGAAGAACCUGAUUUCUGCCAACUACGAUCCCAUCUACACGUUCCACCAAGGAUUCCUCAAAGAGGUGGAGCAGCGGCUGGCUCAGUGGGAGGGUCGUUCUAAUGCCCACAUUAAAGGAGACUAUCAACGAAUUGGUGAUGUUCUCCUGAAGAACAUUCAGGGUCUGAGGCAGUUGACAGUUCAUCUUCAGAAACACUCAGAGUGCCUGGUGGAACUGGAACGCGCCUGCAGGUCCAGUCGGAAGGUGGAGGCCAUGUGUCGAGACUUUGAGCAGCAGAGAGUUUGCUACCUGCCCCUCAACAUCUUCCUCCUCAGGCCUCUCCACCGCUUGCUGCACUACAAACUCAUCCUGGAGAGGCUCUGCAAGCACUACCCGCCCACCCACGAUGACUUCAGGGAUUCCAGAGCUGCUCUGGCGGACAUCUCUGAGAUGGUGCUGCAGGUCCAAGGCACCAUGAUGAAGAUGGAGAACUUCCAGAAGCUUCUCGAGCUCAAGAAGGAUCUGACCGGCAUCGAGAACCUCGCCAUCCCCGGGAGGGAAUUUAUCAGGCUGGGUUGCCUCAGCAAGCUCUCAGGGAAGGGCCUUCAGCAGAGGAUGUUCUUCCUGUUCAGUGAUUCCUUGGUGUACACCAGUCGAGGAAUGACCCCAACCAACCAGUUUAAAGUUCACGGCCAGCUGCCUCUGUACGGCAUGACGAUCAGAGAAAGUGAGGAGGAGUGGGGCGUCCCUCAUUCGUUCACCUUGUUUGGACAGCGGCAGUCUGUAGUGGUGGCAGCCAGCUGUGCGCCAGAGAUGGAGCGGUGGGUGGAGGACAUCAGGAUGGCCAUCGACCUGGCGGAGCAGAGCAGCAGCCUGAGCACUGACCUGCUGUCCACCAGCCCGUCUGACAACAAGCUGUCCGAGGACGGUGGAGCCGAGUCGGAGGACGAGCUCUGCGGCUCACGCUCGUCCCUGGAGCGUCAGGGUCACCGUGGUAACACCACCGUGCACGUCUGCUGGCAUCGCAACACCAGUGUGUCCAUGGUGGACUUUAGUGUUGCUGUGGAGAACCAGCUGUCAGGUAACCUGCUGAGGAAGUUUAAGAACAGUAACGGCUGGCAGAAACUCUGGGUGGUCUUCACCAACUUCAGCCUUUUCUUCUACAAGUCACACCAGGAUGACUACCCUCUGGCCAGCCUCCCUCUGCUUGGUUACUCCGUCACCGUUCCAUCAGAGUCGGAGAACAUCCAUAAAGACUACGUCUUCAAACUCCACUUCAAAUCCCACGUCUACUACUUCAGAUCAGAGAGCGAGUACACCUUUGAAAGGUGGAUGGAGGUGAUCCGCAGCGCCACCUGCUCCGCCAGCCGCUCCCUGCCGAGCACCAGGAAAGACCUUUACUGAUGAGUCUGCACCGAGAGAGACUCAUCUGGGUGAAGAUCUGGACUUCAGUCUGCACAAACACCUGAAAAAGACUCUUCUUAAAGACACAGGAUCACUGCUAAUACCUCUGGAUAGCUGAUUCACACAUGCAUUACCCAGAGGUCUUCCCACUUCACCUCCUGUAACUUCCCUCUUAUUACACACCUUCUCCACCACUAGUGUCUGAUCAGAGAUGUCUGUGAUGUAAUUCACAAUGUUAUUUUACUUUUUUCGACUCCAAACUGGCAGCACAAAGUCUUGCUGGCAACGUUUUCCUGUUUAUUUUCGUGUUUGUGCCAUUGAGUGUCCUUCACGUGCACACACAGAGAUGUAAUGUUCACCCCCGACUACAUAUCCUGUUUAUAAUAAGGAGGAUUUUUAUGAUAAAGCUGAAUGAAAUACACAAGAUUUACCAGAAGUAUUUGGGACACUGAAGCAUGAGUGUGUGCACCGUAGUGUUUUUGCAUCUUAAAGGUUUCCUCUGACACAUUUGUGAUGAGAUUAAAACAUGUAUGUAAAAUGCUUGAGUAGAAUCAAAGCCAGGAGUUUAAACUGUGUGCAUGUGAGCACACUCAUCGUGAUGAGAGUGUUUUCUAAAUAUAAUAAUUAGAUGAAUUAAAUGUGAUGCCAGUUUGGACACAGUUAAAAAAAACAUCCAUCUUUUCCUUUUUGUAAGGCGACUUUUUGUACAAUACUUUGAUACACUGUGAAAUGUUCUUUUUUUUUUU